AGGGCCGCCCCCGGCGGGGCAGCGGCCGGCGCGGGGGCGGCGCGCUCCGGCGCGGGCCUCUUCAGCAGCGACUCCGAGUCGGCGUCGUCGCCGAGCCCUCGGAGGAGCCCCUCCUCCCCGGCGGCCGCCCGGGCUGCCAUGGGCCGCGCUGCGGGUGCGGGCCAGGAGGGCGGCGCCGCGCAGCUGGAGGAGGAGAGCCUGCGGCUGCAGAGCUCCAUCGGGGACGCCGAGCGGGAGUUUCGCUUCUGGGAGCAGAGGCGGGACGAGGCCCUGGAGCAGAACGAGGCGCUGCAGCACGACAUCGAGGACGACGAGCAGCAGUGGUCCUUCCAGCAGGAGGACCUCCGCGCGGAGUGGGAGUCGCGCUCGAGGUCCUGGCGGUCGAGCUUCGAGCGGCAGCUCCUGGAGCGUGAGCCCAUGCGCCGGGAGGA